AUGCCUAAAGCUCCCCGGGUAUCUAUGACGAAAUCCCCUCGCAAGACGAAGGCUAGUGUCAACGAGGAUGCCAAUAUCGCCGUAGAGGCGUUCAAGAGCUUGGUUGUGGCGAAUAGUUUCACUCAGGCGAUUGCCUCCUCUAGUGCGAAGGGAGAGAAACACACAUUCAAGACCGGGCAAUUUGCUCGUUUCUUGGGAGCUCCUCUCAUGAACCUUUCUCGGUCGAUCGAGCCGUGGGAGUGGUGGGUAGGCCAGAUAAUCGACAUUCGCCGCGCGAAUACGGGUAACGGUUACUGGCUUUGUGUGCAAUGGCUCUGGAGCAGAGACGAGAUUCAGGCUGAAGGUGUCAAAAGCGGUGAUCCCUCAUGCAUGGGUAGAUGGGAGCGGAGCUCUUGCCAAUCCGUGAAAGGGCAGGACUUCGUUCAUUCUGCUACCAUCGACGGUCCUGCCGACGUUCGUCCGCUCAACGAGCAUGUCCAUUUCCUCCCGGAUGUAGAUGUCUUCUACAUCAGGAGUGCUUUCCGCCUCAACUCGAAACAAAACAGCGUACUAGAAUUUACUGAAAAGGAGGUGAACUGUAAAUGUGCAGAUUGUGGGAUUGGAUACAACCCAGACGAUGCUCUCGUCCAUCCCCUGCGAUUCUGCGCAAACUGUAAGGUCUGGUGCCACUCUGAUUGCCGUGAGGGCGGCCGACUUGUGCAGUCAACCCGCUUCGCGAACAUUGCGCAUCAUGCGAAGGGCCUUCUUCUGGCUGGUCUUGGAGAAACAGCUCAUCCCGGACCUCAGUCUCAGAAAUCGGCCAUUAUCGCAAAUCGCGCUAGGCAACUCGAUCUUGCUAAGGUCCGGCAAUGCUUGCCCCGAGACCUCGCGAAGUCCCUUGUCGACAUAGCGCAGCAGCGUAUAGUACGUCCCUUACCCGGCAACAUCGCGGGCAAUAUCGCGUAUGUCCUUCGUGCGCGCGAAUGGAUCCGCGAAGCGCACACGUCAGGAGUCUUGUCACAGUCUCGGCGUAAGAUUCUCAAGCAGUGGUUCGAGGAGUUAACUGAAGCUAUCGAUCUUGAAGACAUACUGGCCCCAGAUACGCGCGAGGAAGCGCAAAACUCUGCACUGUACGUUUGCCAGAAGUGUGAUCACCCCAUUUGA